GUUGAGUCGUUGACGGCACGAAUGUUCAAGUUUCGAGUCGUUGGUGGGUUGCAGGGUUUCUGUUGUUCCUGCGACCCGAAGGUGAACGGCGGCUCGAACGAAAGUUCGACGAAAGCCAGUGGGGUCAAGUCAAACUACCAAGGCGACAACAAAGCUGCAGACAAAGGUUGCAACAGGUUACGGUCAGGGAGCGAGCGUGCGAGUUCAGACGACAACUUGGUGGCACAGAUCCAGGCGAAAGGGGCCGAGGGAGUUCGAUCCGGCAAGAAAUCGGACGCGUUACACGAGCACGCGAAUUUGUCUGAUAACACAAGAUCGAACGCUGUGGUGCCUGAAGCUCGUCGCACAACUAACGAGUCGUGCGUGACUAAAGAAACCGAAUGGAACCUCGAGCGAUCCCACGAAUCGAGGGAGAGCGAAGCUUCGAAUUUUGGCGGGACGAAACUGGUUGGAAGAAAGAGAUACAGAGGAGAGUAUAGUGAAGCUUCGUCGCUUUUGUCGGAAUCCGCGGAAGUGGCGGCUGGAAGGACGCCAGACGGAGAUAAAGCGGCGGCGAACGACGUCCUUGGGACCAAGAGCGGCAGACUUUGGCCGGGCAAGCGCUGGAAUCCGAAACACGUCAGGCCGACGACGCGUGUAAAAACUCCAGGCUCCAGCAGGGGCGUGGAAGAUAAGGGAAACCAGUGGAGAGACGGCGAGGGAACGAACAGCAAUCGCGAGUUCCACUCGAUCGGCUCGAAAGCGGAAGCGAGAAAGUUAUCGCGAGCGGCGGAGAAGGAGAAAAGUUCGAAAAAUCCGUUCGUGAGCCAUCGCGAAUCAAACGCGGACCACGUACGCGUGGAUUCGGUUCGCAACGACGCAGCUCGCUCGACCAGCUACGAGUCGAAGAAACGAUUUUUGUCAGCGGAAACGCGGUGGAGGAAAGUUAACGCGGCUAACGGAAGGGCGUGCGAGGGGACCGGACGCAAGAAACUCCGAGCGGAGUCCUUCUACGGGGAUAAAAGCCCGGCGCCGAAGUCGGACAAGAGGAGGAGGGACAAAGUGUUUCCCGUUAGGUCGACGGUCGUCGAUUCGCCGGCGAUUCGACCAUCUAUGCAUUUAAACGAGCCUUUAAAAAAUUCGUCGACAGGUGUAUUGAAUAGCAAUGGGUCUGCGGCGAGGUGGACAGCUCGGACGAGCGGGAUCGAGCAGGGUAAUUUAAAUAGAGUAAUGGGAAAUACAUCCCCGUCGCGGCAGACUUUUAACGAGAAACACGGACGAGCAGACGAGGUCGGAUACUUUCAGUCUCGCGGUAACGAGAAGAACGAAGGAAAUUCCUUCGGAAGUGUCGGAACUUGCGGAACCGGCGACAUGUCGUUGAACGCGGUCGCCGCGAAAUGGAGGAGCGUCGUCUCACGACCAGACGAUUUUUCGACGAAGCGCGCGAACAAGCACCCCCCGAGAGUGACAGCAGCGAUAAAGAACUACACGCCGCAGAAGCGAACGUUGAAGGACUUUUCUUGCAGGGACGACUACGACGUGCACGCUUUCGCAGGACGACGAAAGCUGAAAGAACAGGACGACGCGGGCUACGGAAGCGAGACGAAUUCCCGACGAUCUGCAAGCGGGCAACUUCGAGAUUGGAAAAAUUCGCGGUCGCCGAGGAGAGCCGACGAGGGACGAGGUCGGCGAAAGAGAAGCAAAAAGGCCGGCGACGACGAAGAACCGUCGGCGAGGGCGAGAGGGAAACCUGGUCACGAAGUUCGUGUCUACAUAGACAGCGCCAGGUCUCCGAAGGGACGCACGACGGACGACGAAUCAAGCUUGGGUAAAUUGGCGCGCGACUCGAUCGACGAUGAAAGGUCAGAAAUAACGAGUAAAAAGGGCGAGGGGGGGAACGACGAUUCGAUUUCGUGGGACGAGGGCAAUCGGCAGGACAGCGUGGACAAACAGAUCGAGGAGAAAUUCAGUCGCAUAAGCGACGCGCUUAAAGAGGAUACGAUGAUGGGGCCGAAGCGAAUCGUGGAAGAGAGGAAGGGUGACGCUUUUCGCGCGAAUUCUGAAGCGAGUGAAAGGGUGAAGGCUUUAAGUAACGUCGAUGGAUUUGACAAGAAAGUCCCUGCCUAUCAGCAAACAGACGAAAACGAUUCUCCUCGCGGUAGCAAAUUUCACGUAAACGGAGAGUUCUCUUGUCCGAGUUCUCAGGACGAGAAAUCCGAAGAGUUCUUGGUAGUCGCGAAUCAAGAGAACAAUCCGUCUGCGAAUAAUCCUGACGAGCUUCUCAACAACUACACUCCAACUUUUAGCUCCCAGCUCGUGAUCUCGCCUACGAUAGAUUUAUCCGUGAUCGAGGAACAGAAUCGAGUCACGUCCAACGUGUUCGCGGCAGACAGCGACGAUGAUAUUCAACCGUUCGACUCUGUCAAUCCUGUGUCGUUCACGACCGAUGCUACGGACUCGACGCGAGCGUUGAUCGUGGUAGAUCUCUUCAAAAUCGCUACCGGCUCGCACACCGAGCCUCUGAGAAGCACCACUCCCAAAGAAAUUGCCGAGUCUGCCACUCAGUCACCGGGUUUCAUCGGUGGACUAAAAAAAAACCUUGAGAAAGCGUUUCAACGACUGAGACCAGCGAGCAGAACGCUGGCAAUUACCGAGAGCACGACGAUCGCGCUGAACGAGUCGACGACGACGACGAACACGACGAGUACGACGAGUACGACCGAGGGAACGACCAAGAUCACGGGCAAGAUGUUUCGACCUCCGAUCAAAGGUUCGCCGGAUGCGAACGCGACGCGAACUUCACCCGGAGGCGCCGAGUUUCACGAGGAGAUCGGCAUCGAGGAAGAAACGUUCCCGGACGAGACAGAGCCGCCGAUAACCGCCGUAGCAUUGCCCGAACGACUCGUCCAACUGCAGGAAUCGAUCUCCAGGAACGUAGCAUCGUCCAAGGUGACGGAGGGUCGAAAGAGGGAGAAAAAGAGCACGACAGCUUCGACGAUCAAAAGGCAGAAUUCGGUGGCGCUGCGCCAGCACGAGACAGACAGGCUCGAUGGGAACGCGUGCAGAGAUGAUUGCGACGGGAGAGAGGAGCGUUCGACCCGAGCCGAGUUCGAUUCCGCGAUGAAAUUUUCACUCGAAGCGGCAGACGUGAACGUCGUGAGGGAGAAGUUGGGUACCAUCAGUGGUAGUGUCUCUCGCGAGCAGCGGAAUUACCUGCAAGUACGCGUCGACGAUCCGGGGAUGAGAACGAAGGCUCGCAGGAAACGGCCACGAAUCGGACAGGUGGAAGAAGAACCGGGAACUGCGAACGAGAAUCUACGAAACGGAGACUCGGCUUUUUACAGUAAAAUUCCUGCAAAAGAGUCGCGCGAGCGGAUCAAGUGGAUCAACCAUCCGUGGUUCGUCACGAUCGAAACGUCCGAGUACACGGUCGAUGGACAGAUGGAUAAGUACGAUCGCGUUCCUCCCAGCGAUAGUUCGAGUCCCAGUCGAAAGCUGGGCCUCGGCGGUAAGAAGACGAGGAGCGAGGGCGACGGUUCGGAUAUCGAGUACGAGGAGGAGGGCGACGUGUCUGAACGCCGGAAGCGUUUGAAAUCGAUCCGCGACAAGGACCGCGACAAGUCGAAGAAACGAGACGCCGCGUUGAAGCGAAAGACAAAGAAGAAGAAGAAGAAGAAGAAGAAGAAGAAGAAGAACAAGAACAAGAAGAAGGACGAUGACAAGGAGCGGUCGGCGAUCACCUCGCAGGAUUCCCCGUCGGAGGACUAUGAUUAUUUUGUAGCCGGCGAACAGACGAGCGAAGAAGACGGUGGCAACGGUCUCGAGGGAUCCGUAAAUGGAAAUUACGACUAUUCGGACCCGGGGCUGGAGGGCCUUUUGGAGAAAGAAACGAACGACGGUUCGAAGAUGUCGGAGAACGUGGCAGCGGAUGAUAAUUCGUACGAUCGGUCGAGCGAUAAUUCGAUCGUCCCGAUCGACAAGUUUGACGGAUACCGAGGCGAUCUGAGAAGCGAGAACCAGGUGUCAGACGGAUCGGCCGACGAGGAGAAAUCGGUGAACACGGACCUCGGUGAGAGCGAGGACGGGAAAGAUUUCGAAAUUUCACUUACUGGGAAAAUUCACUUGGAGAGCGAUUCGUACGGUCGACCGGUGUCCAUCAGUUUCAACGCGGAGCCCGAAUUUUUCCGCAAGGACUUUAUCGACGAUGGGAAAGCGAAUAGCCGCGGCAAUCGAUUUCCAUUAGAGUCAGCGGAUUCUUUUAUUGACGCGUCGGACACACUCGUUUCCGCUGGAACGGACAAUGCUAAUUUUUUGCCGGACGUUUUUGACGUCGAACCGUCUGGAGCGAACGCUCCUCUCGAUCAGGUCGACGAUCGAUCGGCCGCCAGGGAGUAUUUCCUCGACACGAUACGCGCUAGAAAUCCGAAUGCCGGCAGAUAUAGAAACGAGUUGGACCCUCGGCAAAAACUGCUCCGCUUGCAAAAGAAACCCAUCGAAAUCAACGAGAACCCGGCGAACAAAGACUCGAAACAAUCGUCCCGAGUUGACAAAGACUGGGAAAGAAGUCUCAGACGUUCGAAGAAAGAUUCGGAAUCCUCGAACCUCGUGGACGAACCCGAGAAGUUUGCCAAUGCUGACCGAGACGAAUCCUCGAACGCGGAAAGUCAAAAUCGAGCCGAUCCUUCGUCCCCGAACAACGACGAUUUAACAAAGACGAGCGACGAGCUUUCCGGUAACUCGCCUCGAGGUUCCCUCGAUCUGUCCAACUUGCCGGGAAAUAAUUUCGACAGCAAAGAGGCCGUUGAAGAAGCUGUUGCAAGCGCGGAGAAGGAAGCUUGUUUAGCGAUGAACGUCACAACGCUGAGGAUGGAACUGAUCGGAAUUACCACGAUCGUUGACAAGUUUCAAGCCGCCGUGACGACGACUCCGCUUCUCAGCAUUCACGAUCUUAAACUGGCAGAGAGUCCCGGCUCAGAAGUGGGUAAAACGACCACACCAUCACCGUUAGGGACGACAACAGUCAUUUCUAGCCUGAACGAGACCGUGGUGGAGGCGAAAAUUUCCUAUCCAAAGCCGGACUUGGCGAUUGCUUUGGCGACGACAGAGACGACAACGACGACCGUGGCAACGACUACAAUAAAGAUUACCAGCACCAACGAAACCGUCGUCGAGGCGAAGAUGUCUUACCCGAAGCCAAAAUUAGGGCUGGAGACGGCAAUUCAAGGUUCGCCAAAUUUACCCGCUUCCGCAACGGAAGGCAGCAACGAGUCGAUCGAGAGGAGGAACAUGCUGGCGAUCUCUGAGUUCGUGAGAAAACUGGAGAAACUCGUGGCCGACACGGGGAACUCGAGCAACGCUACCGGCCGUACUCUCAUACAUUUGAAGAAGUUCAUCAUCGUGCCCGACAACCGUACGUUUUGGAGCUUGAGAGAGUUCUCGGCGCCGGAGAGUAGGCAGGAAACGGGGACUACCGAGACGGUGGUGGUGAUGGGAGAAGGGACGCGCAUCAAGGACAGUGGAGGACAGUCCUCGGAGGAGGACAACGACGAGUUGGAAUACUCCGCGGUGCGAGAGGACUCGGGGGGAGAGGAGCGUAACUUGAUAAAGGAAAUAAUCGACUCGAUAAUAGGGGGCGACGGCAGGAAACGCCAGGCGCUUUCCAAAAAACCUUCUGACAAACCGAACGAUCGAGAAUCGUCACGCCACGCGCAGUACAGAGAUUCGAACAGAGCAGACGCUCUUCCGACGGAGGGAGAGACAGAGAAGGCUCGUUCCCCUUGGUCGAGUGAACGAGAAUUUAGGACGAACUUGCAAGUUGGAAAGAACGCGGCCGACUUGGCUAAAGCUUCAUCGCGAAACUCGGCCAAGACCGUCGAUGGCCAGUUUCUCGACUCGAGCCUCGAGACACCGAUAAAGGACAGCGAUGUUUGCGCGGCGAACAAAUCGAGCGUAAAGGGGAAAAGGGAAGCGGCCGUGGUGGAUGCACGUUCGGCAAAUCAGAAACGGGAACGCGAAGGUAAGAAGAAGGACGCGAAGCAUCCGAAGAAGAAGCGUCGAAGAAAGUGGAGGAAAAAGACGAAGAAGGGGAAGGGGAACAGGGACAAGAAGAAUAGCAAAAAAACGAAGAGCAAGUGGCCCUUCAAGAGGAAUUUACUUAUGCUGUCGGAGGAGAAGCAGAUUCAACCUUCGAAUGUGGAUUAUGGAAUCAAAUGGAGGGAUCGUGAUAAAUUCCCGACGAAGGAAGAAGGGAGGAAAAACACCGAGUCUGCGAGAAAAUUGCUUGGCGAAAAUGCGUCGAAAGGAGAACCGCAAAUUCGGGGCGGCCAAGAUUGCUCGGAUCGCAGACAUCCCCCAAACGUGGAUCCAUUAAAAUAUUUGGAGUCCGCCCACUGCUUACGUUUCAGUGAUUUAUGGUUCGUUUCAAUGUGUGUGUCUUUUUCUUUCUCGAGGCUUGCUCAAGCAAGAGUAAGAAAGUUGAAUGUCGCGAGAGAUGUUUCAGGUACUCGGUGUAUCAACUGGAAGAGCCUGUGCUGCUCCAUAAGCUACACCUUCAGAUUUACGCGAAACGCGCUGCGGCGAGUGGAUCGAUCCUGUGGAAAGAUUUAA